AUGAAUGAAAGGAUAAUAAAUAAAAGCGGAAAUAAGAACUGCAUCCUCUGCGGAAAUAAAAACCCAAGCUGGGGCUGCCUGCCUUUCGCCAUACUAGCAUGCACAAAGUGCGCAGGCGGCAUAAGAGAACUAGGAACAAGCGUAUGCUCCGUAAAGUCACUCCUUCUCGAUGAAGUUGACGACGACUUCUUGCACCCCUUCAUAACAGGCAGCAAUUCCCUCUUCCUGGACUGGUACGCAAAGAAGUCAAAGGAAGACCUAAAGCCAGCCUUCUUUAAGACAGCACUCGCAAAAGAAUACGCAAAAGACCUGAAAGAAGGGAAAAUAAAAGAGAAAACCAUCACAAGCGCACCCACCCUCAAGAAUACCCCACUAGACCAGACUAAAAAGACCCAAAGGAAGUCAAAACUCAAAUUCCUCACAGAAAAUGACGCAGGCAGUGAUGAAGAACCAGAAGAAAGAGAAGAAAAACAAGAAGAAAGACAAGAAGAAAUCUUAAAGAAAAAGACAAUCAGAAGAGUACCAGGCAGGAUACAAACAGAUGAUGCAAGUGCCAUCUCCAGAUUAGGCAUGUUCAAGAACGUAAAGGACAUGACAAAACAGACAGAAGAAUCUACCCUAGCAAAGCAAACAGGAAGAAAUAAUUCACGCGUCAUAACAGAUGACCCACAGAAUGAAACAAAACAAGAAAUAGUUAAAGGAAAGAACUUUAUUGGGAGUGCAGAUGCACCAAAGGAAACUGUGACAGACCGCCUUAAGAAUAGCCUGGAGAAAGGGAAGAAUACACUUUUAAAUACAUUCAAAAAAUAA